CCGGCACAGGAGCGGGAAUUAUGAGCCAUGUCUCAGUGGGACCUGCGGAAUUAAGAUCCAAUGCCUGGAGAAGUCCAGUUGCACAGAGCAGCGCCACAGCUCUUGUGAACUGUGGACAUCGACGCCUCUCAGACUUGCUUCUCUGGCCCCAAGCACUCUGCCAGCGUUUCCUGCUCCACGAAUGGCUACUCAGAGGAAGCACUUGGUGAAAGAUUUCAAUCCUCAUAUCACCUGCUAUAUCUGUAAAGGCUAUCUCAUCAAGCCAACUACAGUAACGGAGUGCCUCCAUACCUUUUGUAAGACUUGUAUCGUUCAGCACUUUGAAGACAGCAAUGACUGUCCCAGGUGUGGCAACCAAGUGCAUGAGACCAAUCCACUAGAAAUGUUAAGGCUGGAUAACACCUUAGAGGAAAUUAUUUUUAAGUUGGUGCCUGGACUUCGAGAACAGGAACUGCAGCGAGAGAUUGAAUUUUGGAAGAAAAACAAACCUCAAGAAAAUGGACAAGAUGAAAGUCCAAAAGCUGAUAAGCCCAAAGUAGAUGAGGAGUGUGAUGAAAAUGAAGAAGAUAAAGACUAUCACAGGAGUGACCCACAGAUUGCAAUCUGCCUCGACUGUUUACGCAACAAUGGGCAGUCAGGAGAUAAUGUCGUCAAAGGCUUAAUGAAGAAAUUUAUCCGCUGUUCUACUCGAGUGACCGUGGGAACUAUCAAAAAGUUUCUCAGCUUAAAAUUAAAACUUCCAAGUUCCUAUGAGCUGGAUGUACUAUGCAACGGAGAAAUCAUGGGGAAGGACCAUACUAUGGAAUUCAUCUAUAUGACAAGAUGGAGACUAAGAGGCGAAAACUUUCGGUGUCAGAACUGCUCAUCUUCGCAAGUCUGCUCACAGGAUGGCACUUUCUAUCAGUCUUACCCUAUGGUACUUCAGUAUCGACCUAGAAUUGACUUCGGUUAGACCAAAGGGCCAGAUCCCACUGAGAUGAAUCCUGCACUAUUUGUUUACCCAUCGACAGAUUGCACAAUGAAUGGAUGUGCCUGGAUUGGGGGGACACAGCCUGAAUUUCAGCAUGCAAAUAAGGACAUUGUCUUUCUUAAAAUUGUCAGUUGCAUCUCUGUUGUUUCUAUUAGAGCAAGCCAAGUGCCAUUCUGCUACUGAAAUGUGCAUAAGAUAUUUGUGUACCUUAAGAGUGUGCUGCAAAUCAUAGCCAAAAUCAUGAAGUGUACAGUCAAGACUCCAAACCUAUGGAAUAUUUUUGCUUGCGUGUUAGAAAAUUUUUCUGGUCCUAAUACUGAUUACACUAGCAAAAUGGCAGAGUGCUCAUUCAUGUGGUGUUGCAGUGUCACACACUAUUUUACUGAAUAUUGUUGUUUAAAUCAUAGAGUACUGUAAAAAUAACUAAGGAUUAUACCUUGACAAUAUUUUGUAUAGAAAAUAUAUUUAGAAGAGAAGUGAUGAUUGGGUCACUACCUUUUCCUUGAUAAGGUUCUCAUGGGUCCAGGUAUAGCUCACUCAUGAGUGUGCAACAGUCCUUUUGCAGUGAAUGAAGAUUAAUUACACUGAACAAGAGAUGUAGAACUUGAUAAUUCAAAAUAGUAAUUUUAAAUCUUCUAAAUUGCUAAUAUUGCUUAAAAGCAUUGCAGCCUUUGUGAUUGCACUUUCCGAUGGUUUCCCUGAGGUCUGGAAUUUGGGAUACUAGCUAUUUUUGGAAAAAUGGCUUCUGGUCAGAUUACAUUUCUUCUAAUAAAGCCUCCAUAAACUUGAAGGUAAAAUAAUAUAAAUGUCUAUGGAUCAACUAAAUUCUGCUACAAAAUUAUGACCAAGGCAAAAUUUUUCAUAAUUAUUACUUUUCCUACUAAACAUUUCCUUUUAAGGUUGAAUAGAGGUCUGUAAUAUGCUAAGACAAAAAUAAUAUAUAGCUUUAAUUACAUACUGUAUCUCUUGUGACUAUCUGGAGUUUAGAAUUCAUUACAGAAAUUUUCAUUAGUUAAAAUCACAUCAUAAAACUAUUUCCAUAAAAUUAGAAGUAAUGCAAUACUGAAGAUUAGCAGUCUGACCAAAAUAAUUGUUCAGGUCAUCUUUUUUUUCCUAAGACCUGGUAGUGCUGGAUUUAAAGUGAUUGUUGCCUUAGGUAUUGCAAGCAUAAUGGUUCUAGUGUGGGGUGUUUCUUGGGUUUUUUGGUAAUGUUGCAGGGAACAUAGCAAUGUGUAUGUUUUCUGUCUUCCAUUGUUUUUGCUUAAAAGUCAGUUUGAGUUUUUCUGAUCAGAUUCUCUGGAGAUACUUAAAAUUCAGUCACGUUAUGUAAUUUCUUCUUAGUACAUGCCUGCUAGUGUUGUAGAUAGCUGUUUAUUUUCUUUAUGCCUUUUGCAUACAGCAAAAAGGAACCAAAUCAAUUUUUCACAAGCUACUGUAGAGUGAACUGAUGAUUCUUAGAUAGACAAAGUGAAAAUUCUUUCUUGGGAUCAAAUACAAAAGAUAGGUGUAAGGCUGUAAUUCCUUGGUAAGUUUAUGUUCAUGUACAGUGGUAUGUUCUGUAGGAGAAAUAAGCAUGUUGUGGAUUAAAUCUGGCCCCUUUAAUGUUGUUAGGAGUUCUAACAUUGAUGACUUGAGGAAUCACACGUAGUUGGGUUGAAUCCUACUGACCAUUGCACUCCAAAGCCCUUAUGACAUGCAGAGAUCAAGGUGCUGUCAGUAGCAGUCUGUUAAGGAACCCUGCCAUUACAUAUUGUGCAGAUGCCAGUGGAACUGGGGAAGGAAAAUGUUUAGGAAGAAGCUGCUGCCCCUUUCUUCAGUGUGCUGGCAAAUACAGGCACUGCUUUGCCCAAAAACAGGCAGGGGUGCUUGUGCUGGCUGCAGGGAGCAGACAUCCCUUUGCCCACCCAGUCUGUGAUGCGCUACUUGACAGAAAGAAGAUACUUCUUGUAGAGAGGGCCCCUCUCUGCAGAGUCUCUAUGGAAAAAUAGAUUCUUUUUAUAUCUAGAAGUCCACCUCAUGGAGCAGCUUGGAAGAGCAGAGCAUGCUUUCUGAUUGAAAAUCAUUCUUCUCUUUAGUAUAUACAGUUGUUUUGUACAGUAGAAAUAGGAUAUUAUUUGUAAAUAUUUACAUGCACAUACAAAUUACACCUUGCAGUUUUUAUAUAUUUCAUGUGUUUUUAUACCAGAAUUUUCACUGUAGAUUUUCUUGACAUAAAACAGCUAUUUCAGUUUAUCACAAAACUAAUGCUAGGAUGCUUAAGCAUAAUUUCUGCUUGGUUCAGGGCACAAUUUUUUUCUCAACAAUUGUGUGUGCUGUUUUGAAAAAAUUUCAACAGACUUGUUUUUAAAAGACAGGAACAUGUAAGUUUUAAUCCAUCCACCAACAGGACCCUUGGAAUAGCGCUCUUUUGCCUUGGCUUUGGAAUGGCAACUAAUACAAGCUUUUUUUGACUGUUUGGUAACUUCCUUUAUUCAUAAUUCAGAGAGCCAUGAAGUUUCUCAGUCAGAGUUGGACAUUGGUUUUGAUUCCUGGUAUUUUCUUGAUGCAAGUUAAAGCUAGAUUACAGAAGACAAAUCUUCGUUUUAAGCAUGGAAAGUACUGACAGAUCUGAAUCGACGUUCCCGGCUGCGAAUGGUGGCAUUAAAUACAUAUGAGCUAACCACCUACACUUUAUGCAUUUCUGAUUUGAUGGCAUGGUGCCUGAGUGCUGCUGUAGUUUAAUAGUUUUUGUAAAAGUAAAGUGCCAGUGAAAUACAUAUCUUAACUGGGCAGCUUGUACAACACAGGCAUUGCCUUCUUUACAGGAAAUUUUCACUCAUAUAGUACCUAUGUGCCGUGUCUCUACAGAUAUGAAGAUUUAAUUCAUUUGUGCCAAUUAAGAGUAUCUGAGCACCAUAGGAAUAUGAGAAUGCAUAUUCCUGUGUGCCAAAGAUGAGGUAAAGUGAAAUGAGUACCUAGGCAUUCCCUUCAGACUGCACCAUAUGCCAUGCUAGAGUAGAUGCCUGGAUAAAGUCAUACUUCCUGAGCAUUUCCAUGACAAAGUGUCACCACUGCAUCCUUGUAAAGCAUAGGAAUAUAAAAUAAGUGUUGCUGCCACUGUGUUUCUUUGAAUUUCCCACAUUAGCAGUAUCUAACUGCAGAGGGACCUAAAAAAUUCUACACUACUACCUAACCUUGCUGUCCCUUAUUUAGCAUAUUUGGUGCUGCUUGGGUUUUUUUUCCCUAGAAGUGAAGAACUCAUUAAUGAAAAUCAUAAACAGCUUUGUUGUGCAUAACUGGUUGCUGCAUUUAUCUCAGAAUAAGCCGUAAGCCAGAAUUUAGAAACAAGAUCCUGUAAUAUCUCAAACAAUAUGGAAUUAGAUGAUUAAUCAAGACAUGUAUCUUCCAUGAUGCAUUAUUACAUUUCUGGUAGCUAAGGGCCUAGUCUAAUGAGGGAUUUUUUUUUUAAUGAAAUACCAAAUAAGACUGCUACAAUUACUGAAGUGACUCAUCACUAUAGUAGGUAUUGUUCACAUGAAAGCUUUGGGGAUUUGAGUCUUAGGAGUAUGCAGUGCAAAAAGCAUUUGUGCAUACUCAGCUAGCUUGCAGUUAUGCAAAAAAAAUUACAAAAGUAUUAUCUUGACUUUACUGAAAAUGUUACACAAAGUGAAGUGCCUGAUUACUAAUACAGAAUACUUUUAAAGCCCAUUAUUUUCAUUUGACAGGGUAGUAUUUGCUUCUGAAUUUUAUCUAUGGUCUUAAUACUUUCAGCAAGAAUAUAUCAUAAACAUAGUGUAUUGAGAAGCUUUCAUGGGGAAAAAAAGGAUAAAAAGAAAUGUGUUCUUUUAGAUAAUUUAAAU